AUGGACAACUCGCAACAUCAUGCUCUCCUCUCACCUCCCAUGUCUGCAACAUCUCCUGCACCGACCACAGCCUCAUUCACAAGUAGAAACGCAGAUUUGCCCGCCCCACGUUCACACCCGCUGCGGCCUGGCUCGCAGAAGGAGAUUGCCCUCAUCAAUUACCUUGACGAUAAGAUUCUCAUGAUCACAAGAAGAUAUGCCAAAAAAUUCAGCGACGAGAUGAUUGAGAAGGAUGAUGCUCCGGGAUAUACCACCUACGACGAGUUCGUCUCGGACGCAGAUCCCUUGCUGGAUGUCGUCUGGAUCAGUGGAACGCCCACUAUCCAAAUUGCCUACCUUCUCUCACUGGCAGGUCUCGCCUGUUCUUAUAUGCCAGCAUUUCCGUUCUCUACAUCUCUUUUCUACAUCACUGCCAAAAUCGACCGAGGUUUCACUCUCCUUCUACAAGCCUCUGAAAAUGGCAACAACCCAGCUACUAAUGCCCACCGGAUUUCCAUGACAGAGAAAGUCCGAAUCAAAUCCUUGAUUGAAGAGACUCGUAUAACGGCCGUCAAUGUUGCUUCAUCCGCUGGACAUUCUGGCGGGAUAAGAGAUCUCUCUGGGCUAGAUACAGAGGAUGAAGACGAGGGAGAUACAGACGACACGAUCGAAGACCAUGGAGACGGUACUAACGGCAUGUCGAUGUCUCUAGACAUCUCGAAGAUCUACAAGCGCACUUUGGAGAUCUUGGGGGAUUCACUCCUCGACAGUACCAUUCCUCAAGUGCAAGAUACCGGAGACAUGCCCAUGUCCUGA